CAGCCCAAUGGCCAAGCGCGCGCGCGCGGCGUGCAAGAUAUCGCAGCAUGCAAGACCUAGCUCCGACCACUAUAUAUACCCACGAAACCCUCCCUGCUAAGCAUCCAACUCAUCUCACACUCCACCGAGCCCACUCACCAUGGCCGCUAGCACUAAGCUUGCAGCUCUUGGCUUUGUGGUCCUCGUGAGCAUUGGCUUCACCAAUGCUUCACGUAUGCUCGCUAGCUCGUCCUCCGCCUCAGGAGGAGGCGGGGGUGGCGGAGGCGGUGGUGGUGUAGCCGGUGCGACUGGAUGGGGCGAAGGGUCCGGACAAGGUGGUGCCACAGGAUAUGGGGAGAACGGUGGGGAUUGGAGUAACAAGUAUAACUAUGCCAAGGGAGCUGGUGGAGGAGGAGGAGGAGGUGCUGGUGGUGGCUCACAGGGUGGAGCCGGAUCCGGCAACGGGUAUGGCUCUGGCACCGGCACCGGUGCGAGUGGCACGGCAUCAGCCCCUAGCGGCGAUGGGUAUGCCAGUGCUAAAGGUGAUGGUGCGGGUGGUGGCCAAGGUGCCGGUGCUGAUGGGUCUAGCGGAAAAGGAUCUGGAGAGGGCAGCGGAAAAGGAUACGGUGAGAGUGGCGUAGCAAAAGCGCCGGCUCCUGCUGCUGGUGGUGUCAGCUACUCCGAUGCUGGCGGUAGUGGUAAUGGUGGCGGCGGCGGCACUAAUGGAAAUGGAGGUGGUAACGGCAAAGGAGCUGGACAGGCCGGCAGCGACGAGACUUCAGGCAAUGCUAGUGGAGAGGGUAGCGGCAACGGUGGUGGCAUCGUUGAAGGUGUCGCUCAAGGUCCAAGCGUUGGAGUUGGGUCUGGUUCUGGCGUCGGAGCUGGACAGACAGGUAGCUCUGGCACUGAUGGUUCAGGCUAUGCCACUGGAAUCGGUGGAGGUGGCGGUGGCGGCGCAGGUAGCAGCGACAACGGCGGGACAGGCGGCGGCUCAGGCACCGGAUCUGGAUCUGGUACUGGUGGAUAUCCUUAAAUAUCCUUUCUUGGACAAGCUAAAACCGGAGUCCAAACACUCGUUUUUAGUCUCUUCACUUCAUUAUUCCACAUCAGUCAAGUUCACUUCAUUUCUAUGUUUUUAGUAGGCUUCUAAUAAAGGGCUCCAUGCAUGAUUCUACUAUAGUGCAAAUGCGUAGUUAGUGCAGCAAUCAAGUGAGAAAGUAAUCAUGUAAUCGCUAUCUACGAGUAUCUUUUGUCAUAAUUUAUUUAUUAUGUUUUUCGA